AUGUCCACAAGCCAGAACCUAGCCGGCAAAGUCGCCAUAAGCUCCAGCCGUGGCAUCGGCGCCGCAAUAGCCCUCAAACUGGCCCAACAAGGCGCCAACAUAGCAAUAAACUACCACACCAACGACUCAGCCGCCGACUCAAUCGUCGAUCAAAUCCUAGCGCUAGGCGUCCACGCCACCGCCUUCCAAGCAGACGUCUCGAAGGAAGAAGAGGUCAAGACCAUGUUCGAAGCCGUCAUGAGCGUAUUCGGUCGGAUCGAUAUAGUAGUCAGCAACUCGGGCAUCGAGCACUUUGGAUCUCUAUCCGAGGUUACAGAAGCCGAUAUUGACAAAGUCUUCGCGGUUAAUGUCAAGGGACAGUAUUUCGUCGCACAGCAGGCUUAUCGGUUUAUGGAGGCGUUUGGGAGGGUUAUUUUGACUUCGUCGAUUUCGGCUGUUAAGGGCGUCCCCAAUCACGCUGUCUACGCUGCAUCCAAGGCAGCCGUGCAGGGCAUGACCAAGUGUCUGGCUGUGGACUUUGGUCCGCGGAAUAUCACUGUCAAUUGCAUUGCUGCUGGCGGUGUCAAGACCGAUAUGUAUGCUGAGGUUGCGAAGGAGUAUAUCCCCGGCGGGAAGGAGAUGAGUCCCGAGCAGAUUGAUCAGGCGCUGGGGAAGUGGUCGCCGCUUGGGAGGCCGGGGGAGGUUGAGGAUGUUGCGGGCGUUGUGGGGUUGAUUGCUAGUAAGGAGAGUCAGUGGUUGACUGGGCAGACUUGGCAGGUUUCUGGGGGUGCUUAUAUGGUAUAG